AUGGAAGGAACCGGAUAUGCGUUCGUGUUGAUGCUUUGCAUCGCAAUUGCUGCAGGAUAUCAAACGGGUAACCCGUCGAACGACUACGAAACUGAUGGCCCCUGUGACUAUUCUGACUACGAUUCCUAUGGUAGCUGUGGUUAUUGGCAGUGGAGAUGUUAUUACUCCGGGAAAUGCAUCUCUCAGUCACAGAAGUGUAACGGUCGCAAUGACUGUCCCAACGGUGAAGACGAAUACAACUGCCAUGGGUACCAAACGGAUUACCCGUCCUACGACUACGACACUGAUUCCCCAUCUGACUACGACUCUUAUGGUAGCUGUGGUUAUUGGCAGUGGAGAUGUUAUUACUCCGGGAAAUGCAUCUCUCAGUCACAGAAGUGUAACGGUCGCAAUGACUGUCCCAACGGUGAAGACGAAUACAACUGCCAUGGGUAUCAAACGGAUUACCCGUCCUACGACUACGACACUGAUUCCCCAUCUGACUACGAUUCCUAUGGUAGCUGUGGUUAUUGGCAGUGGAGAUGUUAUUACUCCGGGAAAUGCAUCUCUCAGUCACAGAAGUGUAACGGUCGCAAUGACUGUCCCAACGGUGAAGACGAAUACAACUGCCAUGGGUACCAAACGGAUUACCCGUCCUACGACUACGACACUGAUUCCCCAUCUGACUACGACUCUUAUGGUAGCUGUGGUUAUUGGUGGCAGUGGAGAUGUUAUUACUCCGGGAAAUGCAUCUCUCAGUCACAGAAGUGUAACGGUAACAAUGACUGUCCCAACGGUGAAGACGAAUACAACUGUCAUGGGUACCAAACGGAUUACCCGUCAUACGACUACGACACUGAUUCCCCAUCUGACUACGACUCUUAUGGUAGCUGUGGUUAUUGGCAGUGGAGAUGUUAUUACUCCGGGAAAUGCAUCUCUCAGUCACAGAAGUGUAACGGUAACAAUGACUGUCCCAACGGUGAAGACGAAUACAACUGCCAUGAUGAUGGUGUGCGACUAGUUGGUGGAAACUUCUCCUCUGAAGGUAGAGUUGAAGUAAGGUAUAAUGGCACAUGGGGCACUGUAUGUGACGACGACUGGGACAUCAGAGACGCCAACGUUGUGUGCAGACAACUCGGCUAUACUGGAGCAACUGAUGCAUGGCAGAACGCACACUUUGGACAAGGAACAGGUCAAAUACUCAUGGACAACGUCAACUGCAAUGGACAUGAAGGCAGAUUGCAGAAUUGUAAUUUCCAGGGUUGGGGUUCGCACAAUUGUGGACAUUAUGAAGAUGCCUCCGUGACGUGUAAUGAAGGAUAUCAAACGGAUUACCCAGAUUAUCCAUCGUACGACUACGACAGCGACACUGAUGGCCCAUCCGACAACUGGUCCGACUACGACUAUAGCGUAUAUCAUUGCGACGAUGGCAGGCAAAUUCCUAGAGUGUGGAGGUGUGAUCGUAUUGUAGAUUGCACUGAUGGAGAUGACGAGGCGCACUGCUUCCAUCACGGAGACUCGGGGAGUGUCUCCAAGAAGGAUGAGGUUGAGGGUGAGAGGGAUACUCUUAUGGAGAAGCUUCGUGCACGCAUGCGCAAGGAAGCGAAAGAUGAAGCAAAGCCUCAGUAGGCCUACUAAAAAAAUAAGAUUUUGCAAGUCAUUUCCAAGAUGACGUCAUGGAUAUUAAGGCUGCCAAGAAUCUGACCACGGACAAGUUAUUAGAUAGCAAGUCAUAUCCUAAUUUAUGAUGUAUAGUCACUGGCAAGUUAGUUUAAGCUUUACGGUUGCUCUUGUGUUUUUGUUCACCUUUGAUGUUUAUUUGCGCUUCGGAAUGAAUGACUGACUGGAAAGAUACCCCUAUACUUUACUUUAUUGUUGAACUUGCAUUAUUCCCGGGUAUACAGAAAAACAGUGUUGAUAAUGUAGUCAUUCUAAAAGUGCAAAAUCAGGUAAUGAAAUCCAAAUCAUAAUUAUCACAUUCAUUACAUCAACAACAAGCUAAGUGGUUUUGUGUAUUUAACUGCCAUAAAUGGAAGUUGAAGUUGAACUGUCAGGGCUUGAUGAUAAUAAAUUUUCUUACAAAAGCUGCUGCCACAACAGUCGAAAAAUAAUGUUUCCUGUUAUUAUUAAUUUUAUUUAUUUAUUAGUUUUUUUAAAGAAAUAGACGAAAAUCCUAACUCACACUAGUUCGGGCACUCAAAGCAGACUUGUUGAAAAUAAAAGAACAACAGCAACAAAAUAAACAGUCGUUCAUUUGGACCGAAAACGGUACUGUCAUAUUUAUAGAUAAAUAAAUAAAUACCAAUAUCAAUGUUAAAAGUCAUUAGCCGAAGUUCAAAGUGAAGCUUGUCAGAACAUUGAACCAAACCGUGAAUAAAUCGAUCUGCAACAAUUUUUUUUAAGAUUGGGAUCCUGAGGCCGAAGCCGGUCUUUACGAAACGGUUUAUUUGGACAUUGGUCUUGACAAUUUUACAAAAUAAUAAUGUCCACGUAAGAAACUAGGUACCACACAAUAUCGUAAAAACACGUACACGGUCUAUAAUAAAGUAAGUUGUUGUGUGUCGGACUUUAUU